AUGCGACACGGAGUCAAGGAAAUGGGCAGCAGCAGGAUGAAAGACAAAGUCAAAAAUACAACUGAAGAUACAAUGAAGAAAACAAAUGGAAUUUUUACUAUUGUAGUAAGCAGCAUAAAAUUAGGGAAUGUCCAGCAUAUAGGAAAGAGUGUAAGAUAUGUAAAAAUAAUAAACAGAUUGAUGUGAUUGAAUACGAAAAUGAUAAUGAAAUUAAAUAUGUAGCUUCAGAUGAAAUAGUUCAUAAAAAAAAUACUUGGUUAGAAAAGGUAAAAAAUAUUAAUAUAGAAAUACAAUUAAAGAUAGAUACAAGGAGCACAAUGCCAAAUAAAUUUUAUAAAAAAUUGAAAGCACAAAAUUUGAGGCAGUGA